GCGGGCAGGCUCGCCCGGCAGAGCGGCUGCGGUGCUGGCAGGAGCCGGCUGGCCUGCCCGCAGCUCUGCCCCUGCCCGGUUAUAUGGGCAGCCGCGGAGGUGGGGCUGGGCUCUUCUUCCCCCUCCGUCAGCAGCAUCCCAGCGUGCGGGACAGCGAGCGCUCGGGGGUAGCGAGUAACGGGAUCGGCUUCAAGUGUCGCCGCGACGAGAUGGGCAGGAAGCUGGACCUCUCCAAGCUCACCGAUGAAGAAGCCAAGCAUGUUUGGGAAGUCGUUCAACGGGACUUUGAUCUGCGGAAAAAAGAGGAGGAACGGCUGGAGGAGCUGAAAUGCAAGAUCGACCAGGAGAGCAGCAAGAGAGAGUUCCUGACCAGUCAGUCCCACCUCAACGAAACUCAUUGUGUGCACUGCCUGCAGCCCUUCAAGUUCCUGCUGAACAGCAAACGGCAGUGCCUGGACUGCCGCUUCUACACCUGCAAGAACUGCAGCCGCUACAACAAGAAGGAGCAGGGCUGGGUCUGCGAUCCCUGCCGCCUCUCCAGGAUUGUGAAGAUCGGCUCCCUGGAGUGGUACUACGAACACGUGCGCUCCCGCUUCAAGAGGUUUGGAAGUGCCAAAGUGCUGCAGUCCCUCUAUGGCAGGCUGCAGCCAGGCCAGGGGCUCAACUCUGCCUUUCUGGGUCUUCAUGACAGAGUUUAUAGCCUGCCAGACAUUAACAGAGAGUGCCAGCUGCUCAGCAGCGGUGACGCCGGGGGUGACAGCGAUGAGGAAGACAAUGUCCUUCGUGGGGCUGAAGCAGAGCACUACAGCAGGAUGUGCAAGACAAAGCGGCUGCUGUCUGUGCACCCCUUUGAUUUCGAACUGGACUCGGAUUACUCUGCUCAGUCUCGCCGCCAGUCUGUGCAGCUCUCUCCAGCGGCCAGCAGCCCGGAUGCUUUCCAGUCCUUCCCAGAUUUCCCCAACUCAGCUGAGGAUGGCUCCCAGGAGUCCAGGAUCACGGAUGCAGACCUGGUGUUCCACCACGUGCUGCAGGAGCCGGGGGCGAGCGCUCCGGAGCAGCACUUCAGCACCGAGGUUCGGCUCACCGUCAACGCACGGAGGAGGAGCCUGGAGAGGAACCCAAAGCCUGGCAUGCUCUGGAACGAGCCGCCCCGGGCGCGGUACUCGGCCGACAUGGACACGUCCGACGAGGAGGUGAGGGGAGCCCAGCUCCCAGCCCACCCCACCAAACGCAGGAACAGAGCCUCCUCCCAGGAGAACAUCAGCCACUCCUCCAACCAGAUCCAUGAGCUCAACACUCGCAUGUCCGCAAUCGAGCGCGUGCUGAACCGCUUGGAGGAAAAAAUCCUGACGCGCCCUGACGAGUCUCUGGCUCCAGAGUCCCACACUGACCCUGAUGCUGAGGAGGAAGAGUUGAAGAGGAAGCUGGAGGAGUUAGCCAGCAACAUCAGUGACAAAGAAGUCUCCUCUGAGGAGGAGGAGCGUGAAGAGGAGAAGAGAGCAAAGAAACCAGAGAUGAGUUCCUCCAGCGAGGCCAUGGCCAGGGAUGUUAGAAAGAGGUCGUCGGCUCAGGCUUUGAGUGAGAUCACGGCCAAAGUGCUGAGAGCCAUAAACGCCACGGAGGAGGCGGUGUGGGAGUCGGUGCAUGGACACAGCCAGGGCUGGGCCCUCCCUGCAGGGCAGCUUCCAGGCCUGCCUGGUGGGAAAGAGGUGGCCGAAGUGUACCAGGAGCUGGAGGAAAAUGUGUACCUGACUGCUGGAAAGACCUACCAGCUUGAGAAGACCCUGAAGGAUCUUGAGGAAGGGGCUCAGCACAGCGGCACUACUGACUCGGAGCUGUCAGAGCUGGAGGACAAAGUGGCCUCAGCGGCUGCUCAGGUGCAGCAGGCAGAGAGUGAGAUAUCAGAUAUCGAGUCCCGAAUCGCAGCCCUGUCUGCUGCAGGGCUGACAGUGAAGUCUGUGGAAAAGGCAAAGAAGAAGUCAGGUGUGCAGGCUGCCUGUCUCCAUUCUCCUGGUCCUGCCAGCAGCAGUCCUGGGGAGUCUCUGGAUGACAUUAAAGCAAUGCCCGGACUGCAGAGGUUCAGGAGGAAGUUCAACAGCCCCCUGGAAAUCACCAGUUUUGACGACUCCUUUGAGCGCAACUCGGCGUACCGCGGCUCGCUGACACAGAGGAACCCCAACGGCAAGAACAGGAGGGUGGAGCGGCUCUUCGCGAAGCCUGUGAUGACCCACCUGUCCUGAGGAGAGGGGACCUCCCUGCUACCGCAUUUCAGUGAAGAUACAAGACCUCAGUAAAGCAAAGCCUCUCACAGCCUUCCCUGCAACACUUCCUCCUCCUUCUCCUGAGCCCCUCUCUCCCUGAAACCCUGGACAGAAAGGAAGCCAGAGGCCAUGGGCAGGAGGCCUUGCUGGGGCUUGAUGGGAAGAGGAGCAAAGCAAAGGCUGGGGUGCAGGCACAUGGCCAGGGGUUCUCAUGGGAGGAUGCUGGAAUGAGACCUGGGGAUGGGACAGCUCUUUGGUUCAGGGUCAGCCAAGGGGACCAGAGAGGAGCAGAGCAGGAGUGACCUCCUCAGGGGCAGCUGGGUGUCAGUGUGACAUUCAGCACAGGGACAGGGCAGGGACAUUCAGCACAGGGACAGCCCUCACUUGGCAGCAGCUGUCAGUGCCUGUCCCUGCUCUCUCCAGGCUGCUGUGAGCAGGGACAGGAGCUGACAGUGAGUGUGGAAUGCCCUUGGGGUGCCCCAGGUAGAACAUGGAUCCAGGCAUCCCAGUGCUGGGACUCACAUCCUGAUGCUGGUCCCAAUUCCCUGCCAUGUCCCAUGGAGAUUUGUUUCUCUUCCCUGAGCAGCAAAGCAGGAUGAGAGCAGUGCUGGUCCCCUCCCAGUGAGCACUUGCUCUUUGCCCCAGGCCAUGCAAACACCCACUGAGGCUUCUACCACCACGCUUAAAGCAACUGUGGCCAUCAGGGGAUGGGAGUGAGGUGAGGCCUGAGGGGAACAGUGGCAAGAAAAGUAGGAGGAAAGGCUGGAGGGCUUUUUGGGUUUGCUUUUGGUUUGCUUUCCCAGCUCUUGAAGACAUCUCUACUCCAUGUGAGGCUGGAUCAGCAAGAUACAGAAUCCCAGCACGCAGAGUGUAGCUGCUCCUCUGCUCCACAGAGGGAUCAGCUCCUGCCAAGAUGCACUUGGGUGGAUGAGCAUGUCCCCUGUCGCUGGUGAUGGCAUUGUAGAGCCUCUUGGGACCAUGCCAUCCUUUGGCAGGGCUGUGAUGACCUUUGGGGGCUGCAGCAGCCCUGGGCCCCUGGUGUCAGCCUCCCCCUGCUCCCCCAGGACGUUUGUUUUCCUCCAAUAUUCAACUCUGUAUUGAUCCCAGAGGAUCAGUACCAGCCCCAUUCCCAUGAGCAGAGCACCAGGAUGGGCAGAGGGUUGCUUUCUCUUGCAGGUCACUUUGGAAGAGGUUUUUUGUUCUGUCCCUGUCCUGUACAGCCUCCACUCUCCUCCCUCCCUCCCCAGUGGGCAAAGUGGGGAGGAUCACUCACAGCUGGAGCAGGGACAUCAGACCAGUGCUGUUUCCCCUCCAUGGCCACCCAGGCUGGAUCAUUUUAGGCAAUUCCUGUGCAUCUGAGCUAAAACCACUUUAAUUAGGAGCAGUAGGGUGAGUUCUCAUGCAAGUAACACAUUUGUUUUGCUUUGCUAAUAGUAGAGGCUGCUAACUGUGUAGGAAUUGCUCCUGUGGUCAUCCCAGAGAGUAUUGGAAGUCCAUAGUCUGGGCUUCCCAGCUGGAAACAAAAUCAGUUUCUUAAUUUAAAAUUAAAUCCUUGUGGCCUGAAGCUCAGCAGGGUAAGUGCAAACCUCUCCAGGCACUGCAGCUUCACUGGAUCCAGCCUGUGCUGUGCUGGGAUGGCAGCUCCUGGGCUGGAGAAGGGAGCUCCACCAAGACCAUCCAAAGGGUUUGCACCCACCCUUCUGGCAUCAGGGCUCAGCCUUCACCCCAGCCCAUCCCCUGCUUGUCUGGUUCCAGCCAUGGCUCCAGUCCUUCCACACCUGACCCUGUGCAGGAAUCCUCGUGGGGAACCUCAGCAGUGCUCACCAAGGCACCGUUCAGUAGCGACCCACAUUGUUCUUUGCUGGUUUCCUGACCUGUUUGCCCGUGUAGAGAUGAUAAUAAAUGUCCACUAAAUCAUGCAAUAAAGCCAAUUCUGUGUCCAGAACCA